AUGGACGAGUCAAGCGGAGUCCGUUUGCCGAAGGCUUGUAGGACAUGUGCUAAGGCCAAAGUUCGCUGUGAGCCCCAAAGUGGAGGUGGUCCCUAUGUCGUCGUCUCAAUAAAGACUGUGGGGAUCAGGCCCCUGGAGCUCAUCGGCGGCAAAAGACCAAACCUGCAAGCGCGUAGGUUGCCUAUACUCUGGCAGCUCCAUGAGGUUUCAGCAUUGGAAGCCAAAUUAGACCGGAUGGUCGCUUUACUCGCCGCUUCUGAGCGACUUCCUGGGAAUCUCCAGUCAGAUGUCGGCCUGUCACCUGGGUGCUCAUCCGCCACGGUCAGAAGCAUCGAUGCACCUCCGCCAGGAGAUGCAGAAGGGCAGACGCUGUUAGAGGCGUAUACCAACUUGAUGAUUCCAAUGUUCCCUUUCGUUCCAACACCAUCUCGCAUGACCGCUGAAGAGCUCCGUCGAGAGAGGCCGUUUCUUUAUCUAAAUAUCUCAAUGAUCGCCAGUCCGAAUUCUGCACGCCAACGAGAGCUUUCAAAUGCCGUCAAAGAAUACUUAGCCGAUCGAAUCAUUAUGAAUGGACAUCGGAGCCUGGAUCUUCUUCAAGGUCUACUCGUCCAUCUGGCUUGGUUCAUUUCCGUCACACGUGUGCCUCGGGCGAACCUUGCUGAUACUAUUGACGGCCCUCCAUCCAAUUCAAAUACAGCCCCAAAGCAACCUACUCAAGGGACUGCUCAAUUAGACGCGUUUUUACAUCUUGCAAUGGCACAAGCCAUCAGUUUGGGUCUGCAUCUGGAUCCAUGCAGCCCGAGGACAAUGAAUCAACCUAUCGCCUACCUAAGUCAGGUAGACCUCCACCGAGAUAGAAAUCCACCUCGCACGAUAGAGGAGCGUCGGACCUUCUUGGGCUGCUACUAUGCUAUGAUGAUGUUAUCGGUCUGCGCCAAAGAUAUGGAAUCAUUCCGUUUUACAAAAUACACAGAAGAAUGCUGCAAGAUAUUAGAAGAGUCACCCGAGCUCCCUACAGACACGUAUGCGGUCUCACUUGUGAGAACCAUGCAUCUUGCGGAGACCAUAAACCAGACGAUGACUGUGCGUGAUGUCUCUUCUUCGUUUGCUUCGGCUCCGCUUGGUAUGAGCUUGCGAUGGCAUCAAGCUGAGCUCCAAAAGUUGAGGGCGUCUUUGGUAUGUGAACAGCCACACGCAGCUAUAUUAUCCUUCCACUACGAUACACUCGAGAUGUUGCUCUAUCGCAGCUCUCUCAAUACCGAAAUUUCAGACAACGAAUACGGUAACUAUCCUGUAACACGGCUAGAUCUUCUCUAUCGCUGUCUGGAAGCCACGAAGUCAUUUUUCUACAAUUUGUAUACACUUCCGGCCGUGUAUUUCCGCUUUCUCCCCUUCACGAUAUCCAGUCAAUUUGGUCAAGCAGUUGUCACACUGUCGCAAUUGACUCUAUACCAAAGCGAGAACGGAGCUUGGGAUAGUGCUUACGUCAAAAACACUAUCGACUUUAAUCAGACUGUCGAUGUACUGGGACAGAAGCUAGAUGAAGCCCGGGCGAUGAUCCAACAAACAGGCGGGCAGGAUGUGGCGUCACCUUCUGGGCCGCCAGAGAUUUUCAAGAGGCUUGAUGCCCGAAUGAAGAUGAUGAAGAAUAUGCAUCGACGCAGGCAAGAAGUUCAGUCGAAGACGUUGCAGUCGCAGACCGUUGAAGAAGGAGAUGAUAUGAAUUUCAUAUUCAAUUUACCGCCAGACUUUUUUAUUACUGACGCCGAUUUCUAUGACUUCGCAGGGUCUUUUGCUCCUUCCACUGUUAUAGACGGGAUUCCGCUCCAAGGCACCUUCUGGAAGUUCUGCGGGUGUAAUAACCCCGAAGACAACAACAUCAGAUUUCAAUGGGAAGCCGUCUCCGAAGAGAUCUCAUUUAUGAACCCGGAGAUUCUCGAAGACCUGCUGUACGUCAAAGUGGUGGGAGCAGAGAUGUAG